AUGGGGAGCCCACAGGACCUGCUGGUGGCAGCGCACCCGCCGGCGGCGGCGGCGGCGGCGAUCCGGCUCUGGCACCGCGCCUGGCGGCCGGCCCGGCGAGGAGUGGCUUCCAGGAAGCGGGCGGAGGCGCGAUCCAGCCGCGUCUGCGAGCGCCCGGCCGGGCCCCUCCGGUCCCUUCCCGCCGACGACCCCGCGGGGCGCGCCGUGCACUUGCCGGCGGCGCAGGUGGCCGCGCGCGCCCUGCGCCCUGCGCCCUGGGUCCCCGCCAGCGCCGCGCCGCGCCGCGCGCCCCGAGGGGGCGGGGAGGCGGGGCGGCCCGUCUCGGCCCCAGUUCGCUUCCCGGCGGCGGCGGCGCGGCGGCUGGAGGUCCGGCGUCGGGGAAGGUCCGGCCGGGUCCGCACCCGGUGUCCGCGGGGCCGCCCGCCGCCCGUCCCCAGCGCGCGUCUAGCCCGCGCCGUCCAGGCUGCCCGUUCCGGACGCAUCCGCGGCGCCAGAUGGAGCGGAGCCACCGGCCCGCCCCCGGACCCCGGCUCGGCCAAGCCGCCCGCGGGGCCAAGCGGCGAGGCGAGGCGGCUGCGGCUUCUCCAGCCUCCGCUCCGGCCCGCGCGGCUCUUGGGGCUCCCGGUCGCCCUGGCGGGGAACUCUGGAACCUUCAAACGCUUGCAUUCCAGCCCUGGAGACCCCCUCGGGACGCCGGCCCCCAUGGCUUCCUGGACGAGCCCCUGGUGGCUGCUGGGGUGGAUGGUCUUCAGGCACUCGGCGCUCCUGCAGACCUCAGCAGAGACGUCCCCGGGGGCCUACUUCCUGCCCGAGUUCGCGCUGUCCCCCCAGGGGAGUUUCCUGGAAGACACCACCGGGGAGCAGUUCCUCACCUAUCGCUAUGACGACCAGACUUCCAGGAGCCCGCCCGCCGAGGAGGAGGACCGGGACGGCAACUGGGACGCCUGGGGCGACUGGAGCGACUGCUCGCGGACCUGCGGGGGCGGGGCCUCCUACUCGCUGCGCCGCUGCCUGAGCGGCAGGAAUUGCGAGGGGCAGAACAUUCGCUACAAGACGUGCAGCAAUCAUGACUGCCCGCCGGACGCCGAGGACUUCCGGGCGCAGCAGUGCUCCGCCUACAACGACGUGCCGUACCAGGGCCGCUACUACGAGUGGCUGCCGCGGUACGACGACCCCGCCGCCCCCUGCGCGCUCAAGUGCCACGCGCGGGGCCAGGCCCUGGUGGUGGAGCUGGCGCCCAAGGUGCUGGACGGGACGCGUUGCCACAGCGACUCCCUGGACAUGUGCAUCAGCGGCAUCUGCCAGGCGGUGGGCUGUGACCGGCAGCUGGGGAGUCGCGCCACGGAGGACAACUGCGGGGUGUGCGCGGGCAACGGCUCCACCUGCAGGCUGGUGCGGGGACAAACCAAGUUACACGUGUCGCCCGAGAAAAGGGAGGAGAACGUGAUCGCCGUGCCCCUGGGCAGUCGGAGUGUGAGAAUCACCGGGAAAGGACCUGCGCACCUUUUUAUCGAAUCCAAAACCCUUCGAGGGAGCAGAGGGGAGCACAGCUUUAACAGCCCCGGCGUCUUCGUCGUAGAAAACACGACCGUGGAGUUUCAGAGGGGCCCCGACCGGCAGACCUUCAGGAUUCCCGGGCCCCUGACGGCCGACUUCAUCUUCAAGGCCAGGUUCACGGUGGCGAGGGACAGCGCAGUGCAGUUCUUCUUCUACCAGCCCAUCAGCCAUCAGUGGCGGCAGACCGACUUCUUCCCCUGCACCGUGACCUGCGGAGGAGGUUACCAGCUGAACUCGGCCGAGUGCGUGGACACGCGCCUAAAGAGGGUGGUCCCCGACCAUUACUGCCACUACUACCCCGAGAACGUCAAGCCCAAACCCAAGCUGAAGGAGUGCGGCAUGGACCCCUGCCCCACCAGCGACGGCUUUAAAGAGAUCAUGCCGUAUGACCAUUUCCAGCCUCUCCCUCGCUGGGAACAUAACCCGUGGACGGCGUGCUCCGUGUCCUGCGGCGGGGGCACGCAGCGGCGCAGCUUCGUGUGCGUGGAGGAGUCGCUGCACGGCGAGAUCCUGCAGGUGGAGGAGUGGAAGUGCAUGUACGCGCCGCGGCCCAAGGUCAUGCAGACCUGCAACCUCUUCCACUGCCCCAAGUGGGUGGCCAUGGAGUGGUCCCAGUGCACGGUGACCUGCGGCCGGGGGCUGCGCUACCGGGUCGUGCUGUGCAUCAACCACCGCGGGCAGCACGUGGGCGGCUGCAACCCCCAGCUGAAGUUACACAUCAAGGAGGAAUGCCUCGUCCCCGUCCCGUGUUACAGACCCAAGGAAAAACGCCCGGUGGAGGCCAAGCUGCCCUGGCUGAAGCAAGCUCGGGAACUGGAGGAGACGAGGGUGGCGACGGAUCAACCAAUGUUCAUCCCGGAGCCCUGGUCCCCCUGCAGCGCCCCCUGCGGGCCGGGCGUGCAGGUGCGGGAGGUCAGGUGCCGCGUGCUGCUCACCUUCACGGAGACGGAGACGGAGCUGCCCCCGGAGGAGUGCGAGGGCCCCCCGCCGCCCGCCCGGCGGCCCUGCCUGCUGCGCGCCUGUGACCGCGGCCCCGCCGCCCUGGCCCCCGGCGCGGCCCUCCCCGCCAAGGACAGCGAGCUGACCUACCACUGGGAGUACGCUGGCUUCACCCCUUGCACGGUCACCUGCCUGGGAGGCCACCAAGAGGCCAUCGCUGUGUGUCUACACACCCAGACCCGGCAGGCGGUCAACGACUCCCUGUGUGACACGGUGCACCGCCCUCCCGCCAUGAGCCAGGCCUGUAACACGGAGCCCUGCCCGCCCAGGUGGCACACGGGAUCCUGGGGGCCCUGCUCGGCGACCUGCGGCGUGGGGAUCCAGACGCGGGACGUGUACUGCCUGCACCCCGGGGAGACGCCCGCCCCGGCCGAGGAGUGCGGGGAUGUCAGGCCCCACGCCCUGCAGGCCUGCAAUCAGUUCGACUGCCCUCCCGGCUGGCACAUUGAGGACUGGCAGCAGUGUCCCAGGACGUGCGGAGGGGGCACCCAGCACCGCAGGGUCACCUGCCGGCAGCUGCUGACCGACGGCAGCUUCCUGGGUCUCUCCGACGCGCUGUGCCAAGGCCCCAAGCCGUCGUCCCGUAAGUCCUGCGCCAGGACCGACUGCCCCCCGCACCUCUCCGUGGGCGACUGGUCCGAGUGCUCCGUCAGCUGUGGUGUUGGGACCCAGCGAAGGAAGCAGGUGUGUCAGAGGCUGACGGCCAAGGGCCGGCGGGUCCCCGUCAGCGCGGCCCUGUGCGGGGAGCUCCCGGGGCCCCCUCUGGCGCAGCCCUGCCGGAUGCCGGCGUGCAGCAAGAGGAGAGAAGAGACGCAGGCGCCCCCGCGCGAUCAGGGCCCCCAGAUCCUGGCCGUCCCGCGCGUCUACAUUCAGACGCGGGAGGAGAAGCGGGUGCACCUGACGGUGGGCGGCCGCGCCUACCUGCUGCCCAACACGUCGGCGGUGAUCCGGUGCCCGGUGCGCCGGUUCCAGAAGGCCCGGAUCCAGUGGGAGAAAGACGGCCGCUGCCUGCAGCCCUCCCAGCGCCGGGGCGUCACCAAGUCGGGGUCCCUGAAGAUCCACAGCCUGGCGGCCCCCGACGACAGCGGCGCGUACAGCUGCGUGGCCGGCCCCGCCCGGGAGACCCUGAUCCUCAAGCUCAUCGGCACGGACAACCGGCUCAUCGCGCCCCCGGGCCCCUCGGGGGAGCGCGCCGCGACCUCCUCCUCCUCCGGGGAGCAGCGCGCCUGGGGACCCCCGGCCGCGGGCCACGGCGGGUCCGAUGGGUUGGGGACCACGUGGCAGACCCUGAGGCAGAUGUGGAAGAAGCGCAAGGAGCUGGAUGGGGUCGCCGAGGGCCCCGCGCGCCAUCAGCCGCUCCUCCGCGCCCUGCUGGGCCCGUGCCACCACGGAGCGGGCCACCCCGGGGCCUGGGCGCAGCUGAAAGGGCCGCCGUUGGAAGCCGCCGUGAAACGGGGCGCCUACAGCAUGGACGCGGCCCAGUUCGACGGGCUGAUCCGGAACCUGAGCCAGCUGGUGGAGGCCGGGCAGGUGAGCGACGACCUGGCGUCCCAGCUCGUCUACCAGCUGGUGGCCGAGUUCGCCAAGGCGCAGCCGGCCGUGCGCCCCUGGACGGCCACCGCGGAGGAGGCGCCUCCCCCGGCGCGCGGAAGAGGGGACAGCGCGGGGCGUGCGCCCCAAAGCCCGAGGGGGGAAGACGCGGGCAGGCCGCCCUUCAAGGCGCAGGGACCGGAGCUGGGGAGGCGGCGCCAGCCCGCGUCGGUUUCGUUCGAUGCCACGGUGCAGGCGGCCGUGGGGAGCGCAGUGUACAUCACCGACGGGACGGCGGCCGUCCACCUGCGGUGUGGGCUGGGCGGCCCCGGCGAGGGGGCCUUCGCGUGGACCAAGGACGGAAGGCCGCUGCAGCCCUCGGAAAAGAUCGUUCUGUCCCAAGCGGGGGUGCUGCAGAUACGGAACCCCACGAGGAGAGAGCAAGGGCUGUAUGGGUGCUCCGUGGCCAACCAGCUCGGUUCCGACGUGGGGAGUUCUCCCGUGCUGUUCGCAGAGGCUCCCGUCAUCUUGGUCACGGGAAGGAACGUCACCGGACGGGACCCCGGCCCGCUGUCCGUCGUGGUCGGAGGCACCGUGCGGGCAGCCCUGGGGGCAGACGUGACCAUCCAGUGUCCCGUACGAGGCGUCCCCCGGCCCACUGUGAGCUGGGAGAAGAGAGGCGGGCCGCUGGGGGACAACGUCUCCGUCUUCCCCAAUGGGUCCCUGCGACUACAGAACGUUUCCCGGCAAAACAAAGGCGCGUAUGUCUGCAGGGCCACCAGCGCUCUGGGGAAGGCCGCGGCCACGUCCGUCCUGCACCUGCUGGAGCCCGCGUGGAGGCCGGGGAACUGGACACCAUGUCCCGCCACCUGCGGCCGCUCGGGAGCCCGCGUGCAGAAACUCCGGUGCGUGGCGGCGGGCGGGCAGGACGUGAGCGAGGCCCUGUGCGGGCACCUCCGGAGGCCGCCGGCCCGCUCCCAGCCCUGUCCCCGCCGGGACUGCCCGCCCAGGUGGUCCGCGAGCCCGUGGUCCGAGUGCUCCGCCUCCUCCGGGAAGGGGUCCCGCGUGCGGCGGGUGACGUGCCAACGCACCAAGGCCAGCGGCACGGCGUGGGUGAUGCCCGCGGGGGCCUGCGACCCGGACGAGCGGCCUCCGGGGAGGAGACCGUGUUCGGGCCACCAGGUGAGGCUUCCCUGCCCCUGUUCCCACGGUUCUCCUUGUCCCGGACGCUGCCUGGGUCGCGCAGUGAGGAUACAGCUGCGUCCCGUCCUCUGUCCACACAACAACUCCGACCCCCACUGUGAAGACAGGAGAUCCGCCUCUGGGAGGAACUGCUCGGCGGGGGCCUGUGCCGCAUGCUGGCGCCCCGGCCCCUGGCGGCCCUGCUCGGCGGCCUGCGGCCGGGGCGUCCAGACCCGCAGGGUGGACUGUGUGCACGCGAGCAGCUGCGCGCCGCUGGCCGAGAGGCACUGCCUGCAGAGCCAGAAGCCGGCGUCCUGGCGGCCCUGUGCUGGGCCCUCCUGUGACCCUGCUCACCCCUCCCAGGAACCUGCGCAGACUCCACUGACGACUGCACGUGUGUGAAGCGCCCGUGUCUGCUCGCUGGGACUCUGCGGAGAGAGGUGCCCCCGCCGUGCCUCGCGGGGUGACCCGCGGCAGGCGUCCGAUGCUGCUGAGGCGACGAAACGGGAACGUCAAAGCCCAUGCCUCGCCCGAGUCGCUGGUUCCGGAACGCGUAUUUCUCUAAAAAAAAAAA